AUGCGCAAGUAUGAUGGUGCAUUCGCUUUCUACGUGCCACUUGCGAUCACAUACAUGUUCCUCUCCAUUCGUCGGCCAUAUUUGGAGCUUAUUAUUGGCGACACAGAGACGACAACAGAUCCAAUUGAAAAUGUUGUAAAGGAUCCAAAUUUUGACACACCAUUAAUCACAUUUCCAAAGGUCUACCUUUCUCACCUACAAUUUCAUUAUCGUUUACAACAACAUCAGGUUGCUCUGCCUUCGGAUCUUCAAUUCAGUCCACCCCUUGUGAUAAAUUUAUACGACACAAGAGCGUUCAAGCGGCAACCUCUUAUUGGCGUUUGUCAUAUCAUGGACUUUGCAAAAUAUACUCGCAUACCCUCAAAAAAGGUAAGAUCUAAAGGAAAGAACGAUGCUGGUACUGUAAACAAAGUGGAAGAAGAAAAGUCCGAUUGGGAUGAAUAUGAAAAGCACAUGGAAGAGGAAGACGGUGCAUUGGCAGCUACUCCGCUUAUACCAUCGCUUCGUAAAGAAGAUAUGCCGAAAUUGGAUUGGUGGAGCAAGUAUUACGCUUCGGAUGGCCAUCACGAGAAAGCGCCUGGAUUUGAAGAAUCAGGGAUAGAAUAUCUAACGAUCUUCAAGGAGCCACUUGAAUGUGUUAACAACUAUAAUGGUUUCCAGGAUUUUUUGGAUACUUUCACCUUUGUGAAAAGCUCAAUGGGAAAUUUCGACGAUCCUGAAGAAAAGGAGAAAACUGGUGAACUCAAAGGAAAAGUAUUUAUCACACGUCUUACAGAGGACGAUGGUGAUGAUGCAAUUCUUGAGCCACCUGGAGUUGAGUUUCUCGGCACGGUGAAGUGCCUUUUACGAGCAUACAUAAUCGAAGCAAAAGGGUUAGUAUCUCAACGAAAAAAUGGCAUGUGUGAUCCAUAUAUUGUAGUGAAAUGUGGGAAACAAAAGAAGAACUACAGACCAGAUACGUUAGAACCUAUAUUUGGAGAACUCGUUGAAAUGGAAAUUACCAUUCCACUUGAAAAGGAUUUAGUAGUGUCAAUUAUGGACAGAAGGAAACUGCUUUCUGGUGGGUUAUAA